AUGUCGACAGUCGCACGUGGCGGCGGCGGCCGAGGACGUAGCCGAGGUCACAGCACUGGCAUCUGGCGCGGCAGCAGCAGCAACACGCGCGGCGGACUAGAUGGCGCGUCUACAGAGGCGGGUGACAAGCCGGCGUUCGGCGCGAAGAAGCGUGGUGGAGGCGCGCAGAACAGAGGCGCCAGUGCGCGUGCCACGGGAGGCAGUCAUGCGCAAGAGCUGGACGCCGAGGGAAAGCCAAAGAAGAUCACCUUCGUUCCCCUCAACAAGUACGGCGCCGUCUUCAACUCGACCCCGCACGCCAAAGCCGACUACCACGACCGAUUCCUCUAUCUACAAGCUGCUCAACCUAGCUGGCGCAAGCAGUUGCAGGACCAGGGACUCAUGAACCCUGAUGGACAGAUGAAACUGAGCGACUCGGUCAAGCUGAUCGGUCGCUGUAACGAUAUGUGCCCGGAAUACGAGAGAGUGCGCCGCAUAGACCAGAAAGACUUCAAGCGACCAGAAUGCACACCCGAAACCGAAUACCUCGAGUACGGAGAUCGAAUACCAGACGAAUCGCGCAUGGUCAAGGCCUUUACUCGAUCUUCAGCUGGUGCUGACGUAGAGCUGGUCAUUGACAUUCGAAAUCCAGCCGCAUGUUUGAAAACCGUAAACUAUCUCUUCAAGCGCCUUGACAACGAAGGCUUCGAUCAUCUGCAUGCUUGGAUUUGGGACCGCACUCGCUCCGUGCGCAAGGACCUACGUACUCAGGUCGUAGAAAAGCGCAAUGAUAUUCAGACACUACUCACGUGUCUGGAAGCGUCUGCACGCUUCUACUUACUAUCCAUGCAUCAGAUGGCACAAAGCGAGAAGGAGGACUACUCGCAUCAACAGGACAUGGAACAGUUCAACCAGACCCUGACUACACUGCGAGAACGAUACGACGACAAUCGACGAGCGGGCAUAACCUCCGACAAUGAAGCCGAGUUUGUCGCAUAUCGCUUGAUCCUGGCCUCUCUCUACGCCAACAGUCAACUCGAGAACGAACUUCAUAGCUUACCGAGUGACCUUCGUCACAACAAGCGCGUCCUGACUGCGAUCGACAUCUUCAAGGCCGCCAAGUCAGCUUUUGACUUUGGCUCCGACAAAGGCUGGGUCCAGGCGCAAGCGAAUUGGAAGAAAUUCUGGGACCUUAUCAAGUCUUCUGGUGUGUCAUAUCUUAUGGCUUGUGCUGCCGAAGUUGGUUUCAAUCGCGUCCGACACGUCAUACUCGAUUCGAUCUGGCAUGCAUACCGGAAAGGACCUCGGGGAGAUAUAAGCGUCGACGCUUGGACGAUCGACAAACUGAAGGGUGUACUCGCCAUGGACGAGGACAAGGAUGCUGUCAAGCUGUGUGAGCUAUUUGGAUUCCAUUUUGAAAGAAACGCACAUGGACAAACAUACCUCGACAUUGCAAAACUGGGCAAUAGCAACAAGUCGAUAGGUGUUCCCCACAGCAUUAAGCCGCAGGUGUUCUCCCAAAGCCUUGUUGAGUCCAAGCGCUACAAUCGUGCGUUCUCGGCCAUCAUCCAGGGUAUGACAGUGCAGCAAGCGAAGACUAGUAACUUGCUGGUCGAUCCUAGCAUAACCCUAAUGGCUGACGAGAAUUCGCUGUUCAUCCCAGAGAGCACCACGGCCAAACCCAAUGUCUUCGCGCAGAAGCCUAACCGCAUAACAACCAACGACACUUCGAGUUUAAGCCCCUGUGCGUCGCCGUUCACUACUUCAAGUCAACCAUCGUCCACUGUUCCUUCGACGAAUCCGUUUGGAAACAGUCCCAUCGCCAAGGCAAUACCGCAGUCUCAACCUGCUCAGGCCAAUACUGCAUCAGCAUUUACUGGUGGGUGGCCUUCGCCCGGAGUUUUUGACGCGGCCAAAAACACGAUCAAAUUCGCUCCCACACCUACUGCUAGUGCAAAUGCCAAUCCAUUCGCUACUGCUGCAGCAUCCCUGCCUCUGCAAUCCACAAACCCCGCGUCAACACCCCCCAAUUCUUUCACCUUCGGAAGCGAUGCGUCUCCCGUCUCUCAAGGUCUACCCUUAGAUGUCCAGGCUACACCGCGCGUUGGGCAAGCUAGUGAGCGAUCUGCCCUUGACACACCGAAGCCCUUCGUCUUUCCCGGGCUACCUGCGCUAGACGCGAAGUUGCGUAGUGAACAGCAGACGGGGCUUUCGACCACACCAGCCAGGUUGCCACCACAGCCAAGUUCAGUGACAGGAGACGCUGAGAGGCAGCAAGCAGAAGAAGAAGCACGGCAAGCUGUGCUAAAGCAGAAGAAGGAGCGACGCAGACAAGAGCAAGAAGAGCAAGAGCGGAAAGCGAGGGAAGCGCAGCAAGCACGAGAAGCUGAGCAACAGCGGCAACAGGAAGAGAAGCAGCGGCAUUUUAGGGAGCAGCAAGAGCAGGAACUCCGGGCAAAGCAGGAGCGAGAGAGACUAAUCCAGGAGGAACAGCAACGACUACAGCAGCAGGAGCAGGAGCGACUGGCACGGACCCGAGAACGGGAAACAGCGUACAGUGCGCUCACAUCGAACAUUAUGCUUAACGGGGAAGAUGGACUUUUGUAUCAGUUUCUUGAGAACACGGUGAAGAAUGUUGUAGAGGAGGUCGCCACGGAGGUGCAGACAUGGCGGCGGCGGGCUCGUGAGGCAGCAGAGAAAGAGGAGCGACAUCAGGUCUUUGCACGAGCAGUGUUCGCGCGCUGGGUCGCGCAAGUGCAAAGAAAGAAGCGUGACGCCAAGGCAAGGGAGAGGAGGAAGCGUCUCAAGGCGCAGCGAGAACAGUUGGUCGACGAUAAAGGUGAGGCUGUGAGCGCAACUCUUGCAGCCGGAUCGGCAGUGAGCACAGACCAGCCCAACGGCGCGUCAACAACGUCUAUCAACGGCCAGCCAACAGCGCGGCGCGCCAGACGAACGCAAGAACGCCAUACCCGGGCGACAAUCGAUCAAACGGCACACGCAAAAGUAGCUGCACCUCCACAAGCCGCUCCAACACUACCCGCACGCGACUUGACCGCGCCUGUCACCAUGAACGAACAUGCCUUGCACGUCAGAAGCUACUCUGAGGCCUAUCAGAGGUCGACGGCGCCCAUUGACCGAACAGAGACCGACUGGUUCAAGCUCCGAGCUAUGGGCAUCGACCCAAGCAAGCACCGCAAGCGGAGCUUCGAUUCAGCCACGGAUGAGGAGCCCAAAGACGACGCCGAAGCCAAACGCGUACGCAGGUCUAGCUCCAAUGCAUCUUUGGUACUCCAGCCUCCACUUCCACCUGAAGCGCCAUUCAAGCCACUCACCAUCGAAGAGCGACUCGCUCGCAUCCGCGCCGCCAAGCAAGCCUUUACAACCUCUGGUUCAGCAUCACCGUCCGUCACUGGCGCAACACCUUGCAACAGGCGCUCAUCGCUCACGGGCCGCUCCAGCCUUCUCAUAGCACAGGCUCGCGAUCUAAUCGCAGAGUCCCCCAGUGCAAAACACUUGCCCCCAGCUGUCCACGAUUUCGGUCGCAGCGUGCCCAAUCUUGGCACCUCCAUUUCGUCUUUCCGCCAGUCCAGUUUUGGCAAAAGUGUCGGCGCCGCGCAAGGCAACAAGCCAGCUUACUGGGGACGCGCGAGCCGCUUUGUACCACAGCAUCUAUACGGCAAGGGUCCAGAAGCAAUUCGUGCCUAUCGCGAUCAGUACGUCAAUUCACCAGGCAGCACACCGCGGACGCUUGGCCUCGAACCGCUUGCUCUGUCCUCGCCAAUCCCGGCGCAGUUCUCGUAUGUGGCGCAACCAGGCUACACGCAGCCGCCGUACAGCGAAGACGGGAGCGCAAGCGGUGUUGACCUUGUAGAUGUGGACGCUGAGGACAACGUCGCAGGUGAUACUGAGGAGGACUCAUUCGAUGGCGACGACGAAGAAAUGGAAUCAAGCGAAGGCGAAGACGAAGACGAAGACGAAGACGAAAACGUCGACAACCCGACCCAGUUCGGCGCCUAUACAGGAGAGUACGAUGAGGAUGAAUACACCGAGGAAGAAGAACAGAACUUUGCACAGCCUGGAAGUAGCUUUGGAGGGGUCGGACCAGGCGCUACGCAGGACGAUGCUAUUGAGCUGUCUGACUAG